CGAUCGUGUGAAAAUAAAGGGGAAGGCAGAAUUACAAUUGAAGCCCACGAAGACGAAAAGAAAAAUCCAUAUAUCAGCAUGACCAGGGAGUGAAGCUGUUAAUUGGAGUGAUUCGUGUAUGAUUGAUGGCACAAAGAACUUCUAGACUUGGACCCAACCACUGACCUCAUAACUCUGGUAAAGACUUUAAAAAGGAUGGCAUCUUCCUGUAAAUUACAAGCCAUCUGGCAUUGUGUCUUUGUUGGCCUGUUUGCACUGAUGAUUGCUCCUGAGUUUGUUUCCUCAAAGACACCACAUCAUUCAUCGUCCAGCACUGCAUCGUCAGCUAGGAGAGAGAGGACUCUCAGUGCUGCAGCAAAAGUUAUCGACUUGAUGAAAUCAAACAGACCACAAGAUGGUACCCGUGUGCAUCUCAGCAAAGCUGAAGUAGAUGAUAUACUACAGAGGAUAAGGUCAUCAGAUGUUUUGGACGACUUGCAAAAGCUUAGCAAGUCAUGGCGUCUGAAGUCUGGGAUACGAGCAACCCAAGUGCCAGAUUGGCCAUGGCCGGUAGACCCUGAUGUCUACUACAAUAUGAGUGGUUUGAUUUGGAGUAAAGGUUACCCAGUUGAAGAGUAUACCGUCCAAACUGAAGAUGGCUAUCUCCUAGGAUUGUUCCGCAUCCCCCAUGGUAGACAAAACAACUCCAAAAACACAGGUAACAAACCAGUUGUCUUCCUACAGCACGGCCUAUUGGCUGCUUCUACCAACUGGGUUGAGAAUUCAGCCAAUCAGAGCCUUGGUUUCAUCUUAGCUGAUGCGGGUUAUGAUGUAUGGAUGGGUAAUAUGAGGGGAAACACCUAUUCUAAACGGCAUGCGUGGUUGGAUCCAGAUCAGUUACAGUUCUGGGAGUUCAGCUGGGAUGAUAUGGCUCAAUAUGACAUCCCUGCCAUGCUGAACUUUGCCCUUAAGAGGUCGGGUCAAGCUUCUUUGGACUACGUGGGUCACUCACAGGGAACCUUAGUGGCUUUCACAGGAUUCACCCUUGACCUUGACCUAGCUAAGAAGGUCAAGCAUCUCUUUGCGCUGGGACCUGUUUACACCGUAGCGGACAUCGAGUUCAUCUUGAAGGAUAUUGUUACCUCUGAAGUUGUGAGACUAUUAGCCGAUGCACUGAGUUUAGCUGGUAUCGACGACUUCCUACCUAACAACUUCCUUACCAAUACGCUUGGAGCUCAGACAUUAUGUGCCUUGCCUGAAACGCAGUUUAUAUGUGAAAACAUCUUGAUGCUUCUCGGAGGAUUUAGUGAGCAUCACCUAAAUGCAUCCAGAGUCCAGGUUUACGUUUCUAAUGAACCAGCUGGAACGUCACUUCAAAACAUGGAGCAUUUCCUUCAGAUGGUGAUAUCUGGAAAGUGUCAAAUGUAUGACUUUGGAGUAAUAGGAAACUUAGUUGAAUAUAAUCAGACCACACCCCCAGAGUACCAUGUAGGGAACCUCACCGUGCCUGUCGCCCUCUUCUGGGGAGAGAAUGACUACCUCGCCGAUCCGCAGGAUGUGGAGAAGCUUAUACCUCAGAUACCUCAUCUCAUUUAUAACAAGAAAAUACCAAACUUUGAGCAUCUAGACUUCAUCUGGGCUGUGGAUGCUAAUAAAAUUGUGUAUGAUGAUAUACUAUCUAUUAUGAAUGGGAAAAUACCUCCUCAUUAGUCCAUUUAGUACAGAUAUCACAUCAAGGAUUAAUUAAACCUCUGCUUUUUUAGAUGAAGGGAAAUUUUAGAUGUCAUUUUCCCCUUUUUUGAAGGAGGAGAGGGAUGUGCCAAGGUUUUUGGCUACAUUUAAUUAGACUUUGUUUUCCCCCUUUUUUGAAGGGGAAGAAGGGAUGGCCGAGGGUUUCAGCUCCAUGUUGUUUUCCACCUUUUUUGAAGGGGAGAAGGGAUGGGACAUGGGUUUUGGCUACAUUUACUUAGACUUUGUUUUCCUCCUUUUUAAAGGCGGAGAAGGGAUGGGCCAAGUGUUUGGGCUACAUAUCAAUAAGUAUCUGGUGGGUAAUUCAUAUAGCUGUCUAUAAAGUUCAGCAUUACUUUACACACACACACCUUCGCCCUGUUUUACAAAGAGUUACGAUUGAUCCAAUCAACCUGAAGUACAUGG